UUAUCAGCGUACCGGAUGUUGAUCGUACUUGGAAUGGUGGCGACCUUGCACAAUGCGUGAUUCUUGUCUAUAAACAGUCGUUAUUAGCUGGAGAUGGUUCAUAUAAUAAUUUAAACAGUAGUCUGAUUUUAUCACAUAAAAAAAGGAAAAGACAUGAUUUCCUUGAUCAAAUCCGCAAUUUGCGGAGUGACCAAUACAGCUGGUAGGAUUGCGGGGCUCCAAGGUGGUCUGCAUAAUCACGUGAAGGUUCUCUCGGUCGGGAUGAAGACGUACGAGAUUCCACCUGACUACAGCGAUGUAGUGCUGCCUGAACGACCCAAACUCAAGUUCAUGAACAAGGUGCCUAACUUGAAGAAGGCCAAGAAGGAGAUGAAGAAGCUCCGGGAUAUCCAGGGUCCUACUAAAGGAGGGAGCACCUUCUCUAAAGGCCAAUAUGCCAUAGUGGCCUUGGGAGGGGGGUACCUCCACUGGGGCCACCUGGAGAUGAUGCGUCUGACUAUUAACCGGCGGAUGGAUCCCCGCACCACUUUUGCCCGCUGGCGCAUCUUUUCCCCCUACAAGCCCAUCACUCGCAAGGGCCUGGGACAACGCAUGGGUGGGGGCAAGGGAGCUAUCGACCACUAUGUCACCCCAGUGAAAUAUGGCCGCCUGAUUGUGGAGGUCGGGGGCAGGCUAGAGCUGGGAGAGGUAGAGCCUAUUCUGAAGGAGGUUGCUAAAAAGUUGCCCUUUCCUGCCAAGGUGAUGAGCAGGGAAACCCUGGAAGCCAUGAAGAAGGAGGAGGCAGAGAUGGUGCAGAACAACCAGAACCCCUGGACCUUCCAGGAAAUCGUACGCUCCAACAUGUUGGGCAUAAGGAAGGUACUGAGCCCAUUCGACUUGAAAAACAAUGGACGCUUCACCGGAAAGUUUCACAACCCUGGGAGGGUCUGAGUUGCAAAGACCUGCAAAGACAAUGUAUAUUCACAUACAGAUGGACCGUGAAUGGACUCUGGAAUACCAGAGAACCUGCCCUUGACUACUAAAGUCAAACUAUUGCUACUUGUUAUCUGUGGACAUUUGUCUAUCCACCAUGGAAGAAGACCGGUCUCAGGAACGUGGUUCAUCUUCAUUUGUAGCGAUGAGUCUGAGCUGGUCCAGCUCAAUUUUGUUUUGUUACAAAAUAAAAUAAACAUGUAAAAAAUG